AUGUUCGAAGGGUUCUCGUUUCCAGCACCGCUGCCGCUCAUAGAGCCAGACUACUCGUCCGAACGCAGGCAGCGGUUCUCUAUCGGCUCCCUGACCAAACAGCUCCAUGCUCAUUCACUCGAGACCGGCAGCGGCCAUGACGCCAGCAGCGACAGCGAAGAUGGACGGUGGCAUCCCAUCACCCCUCCGAGAUGUUCGACCGAUGCUCAAUAUCAGAGUCCCGCCGUCCUCGACUCACCGGAGCACCAGCAGCAAAUGCCGUCACAGCUGCCUCAGUCGCCGGAUAUGCUCAGUUCCUCGCCGUAUUACUCUCCCCUCAACUCUGCCUCCCCUCCACCGAGUCCCAUCGAACCCCAUACUCGCAGGUUCUCCCUCCCAGUCAACCACAGGAGAUUAAAUCUACCUCGCCGAGAUAAAUCACCUCCCGAGGUAUUCUACUCCACGCCCCACAGCCGAUCCAGCAUCGUCAAUACCAUCAUCACAGGCGAUACCGAUCCCGCCGCCAGCCCCGAGGAUGAAGGACUCUCCGGCAACCUCCGGUAUCAGCGUGAGAAAUUCUCCAUGCUACAAUGUGCCUCCUCUUCCAUCGCGGACACCGUCCGUCUCGCCAUCUUGUUAGAUGGAGACGUCGAUUCCCCGCGAGACCAGUCUUCAUAUGCCAGCCCCAGCCGCGAGCCCUGCGAUACAGGCUAUCUAAGCGAUGAUCAGCAUCCUAGCUCCCUCCCACUGUCUCGAACUCCUUCGAGAAAAAGGCUAUUGAAGCCGAAACUCCACAGUCACACUCCAACCAGCGGCUGCGUGACAUCGAGCCGUUUCACAGGCGCUGGGAGCAAAGGGAAAGUUGAAAAGUCGCAUCCUCAUCCUCAUCAUCAUCACAACCACAGCCACAACAGCACCGGCACAUCGACUCCCAAUCCAAAUAGAAAAUUCGGCAAGUCGCAGUAUGGCCUUCGCCGGAAGAGUCUACUCCUUGCCGCCGUGACAGCGGUACUCGAGCAGGAGGUGGCUGAGGCAAACCAGAUGAAGGAUUGA